UGAGGGAGUAGGCGAUGCUCCAGCCUGAGCGGUGUAGUAUCAUCCUGUGGCACACAUGCUAUGAUGCAGCAGGAAAUGAUAGGGUCAACAUACCAUCACACAGGGCCUGGGGCUGCUGACUGCAAGCCUGCAUCUCCCCUGGUGUUACUCAGCCCUGGAACCUGUGUAAUCCAUGUGCGUUCUUGUGUGCAGGGACGGUAUGGUUAGCCUAGAUCCAUCAGAGCAGGACCCGGAGCCCCUCACGGUGCCUCCACCUCACUCACUGAUACAUGAGAGGCACAAUGACCAGAAGAUCCUGGAACUCACCAACAAGAUCAUUCAGCUGCUGACUGGAGAGGAGCGGGAGUGUAUAGAGGAACACUGGAGUCUGUACAAGGACGUGAUGAUGGAGAAUCACCGGCCCCUCACAUCACUGGAUGGGCCCAGUAACAGAGAUACCCCAGAGAGAUGUCCCCGUCCUCUGUAUUCCCAGGAUUGUACAGAGGAGAAUCACAGGUACCCACAGGAGGAUCAGGGUGAUGAUCUGACUGAUAUGAAGAUUCAAGAUAUAAAGGGAGAAGAAGAGACGUAUGUGACUGAAAUUAAGGUGGAAGAUAUAGAAGAAGAAGAGGCGUAUGUGACUGAUAUGAAGGCAGAAGAUAUAGAGGGAGAAGAAGAGAUCUAUUUGAGGAAUGAUCAGCAGUGUAAGGAGGAGGAAAUCCCCACAGAUAUCAGCAUACCAGAUGGACACAAAGACUGGAAUACUUUGGAGGCACGUCUCAUUUUAUCUCAAGAUUUUGAAACGCAAGGAAACAACCUCACACAAGAGUCUCCUGGGGGAAAUCCUAUAAACCUACAUAGCCGUACAGUGCACCUUGGAGCAGAUACAUCACCUGGUCCCCAUAAUCCAGAGGAAUGUUCUGAUAGCUCAGAUAUUAUUACACAUAGAGUGGAUUAUACGGAUGAUAGUAUUUUUGCCUGUUCUGAGUGUGGUAAAUCUUUUAUCCAUCAGUCAAUCUUUGUUAGGCAUCAGAUAAUUCACACAGGUGAGAAACCAUUUUCGUGUUCUGAGUGUGGGAAAUGUUUUACAUUUAAAUCCAGCCUGGUUAGGCAUCAGAGAACUCACGCCGUUGCGAAGCCGUUUUCCUGCUCUGAGUGUGGGAAAUGUUUUACUGUUAAAUCCAAUCUGGUUACACAUCAGAGAAUUCACACAGGCGAGAACCCAUUUCCGUGUUCUGAGUGUGGGAAAUGUUUUCUAGAUAAUAUACAUCUUGUUAUACAUCAGAGAAGUCACACAGGUGAGAGGCCAUUUCCGUGCCCUGAGUGUGGGAAAUGUUUUACAGUUAAAUCCAAUCUCGUUACGCAUCAGAGAACUCACACAAGUGAGAAGCCCUUUCCUUGUGUUGAGUGUGGGAAAUGUUUUACACAGAAAUCUGGUCUUGUUAGACAUCAGAGAAUCCACACGGGUGAGAAACCAUUUCCAUGUCCUGAGUGUGGGAAAUGUUUUACGCAGAAACCAGAUCUUGUUAAACAUCAGAGAACUCACACAGGUGAGUUUGUGGUUCGGACUGUAACAAAAGCACAACUGAGCUGUGAGGAAUCUGAGUCUGAAUUACUUAGGAUGAACAAGGACAGGAGAACGAGAGUGCUUACUAGACGUCACGUGAGGAUGAGAUGCAUCACUGAUUCCAUGAUGGAUAAGGACAGCAGUCACAUGAUUGAGAGGAUACUAAAUCUCACCCUGGAGAUCAUCUACCUACUGACUGGGGAGGAAUACACAGUAGUGAAGAAGACAUCUGAGGAGUGUGAGACUCCCAGCAGCCAUCACUGUGUGUCAGGAGGACUGAGCAGGACCCAGAGCCCCAUCAUGGUGCCUCCACCUCACUCACUGAUACAUGAGAGGCACAAUGACCAGAAGAUCCUGGAACUCACCAACAAGAUCAUUCAGCUGCUGACUGGAGAGGAGGGGGAGUAUAUAGAGGAACACAGGGGUCUGUCCAAGGAUGUGAUGAUGGAGAAUCACCGGCCCCUCACAUCACUGGAUGGGCCCAGUAACAGAGAUACCCCAGAGAGAUGUCCCCGUUCUCUGUAUUCCCAGGAUUGUACUGAGGAGAAUCACAGAAUUCCACCGGAUGAUCAGAGUGAAGAUCUGAUUGAAAAGACGUAUAUGACUGAUAUGAAGGUAGAAGGUAUAGAGGGAGAAGAGACGUAUGUGACUGAUAUGAAGGCAGAAGAUACAGAGGGAGAAGAAGAGACGUAUGUGACUGAUAUGAAGGCAGAAGAUAUAGAGGAAGAAGAAGAGACGUAUGUGACUGAUAUGAAGGCAGAAGAUAUAGAGGAAGAAGAAGAGACGUAUGUGAGGGGUGAUCAGCAGUGUAAGGAGGAGGAAUUUCCUACAGAUAUCAGCACAGCAGAUGGACAGAAAAGCUUGAAGACUUCAGAGGAACAUUUCAUUUUGUCUUCAGAUUUUAAAAUGGAAAAUAGAAUCAACCAAGAUUCUACAGGAGAACCCCUCAUCUCCCUAAAUAUACAUCCAGUACUUAAUUUUGUUGAUAUAUCACAUGAUUCCACUAUUCCUGAGGAAUGUUCUCCUGAUAACACCAAUAUUCAUAUACAUAGCACAGUUCAUACGGAUGAUACAGUAUUUCUCUGUUCUGAAUGUGGUAAAUGUUAUACACGAAAAUCCUCACUUGUUAGACAUCAGAGACGUCACACAGAAGAGAAGCCAUUUUCAUGUUCUGAGUGUGGGAAAAGUUUUACAGAGAAAUCAGAUCUUGAUACACAUGAGAGGACUCACACAGGUGAAAGGCCAUUUUCAUGCUCUGAAUGUGGAAAACGUUUUAAACAGAAAUCACAUCUUGUUAGACAUCUGAGACUUCACACAGGUGAGAAACCAUUUAUAUGCUCUGAGUGUGGAAAAUGUUUUACAGAGAAAUCAGAUCUUUUUAGACAUCAGAGAACUCACACUGGUGUGAAACCAUUUCCAUGUUCUGUGUGUGGAAAACGUUUUACACAGAUACCAGAUCUUGUGAACCAUCAGAGAAAUCACACAGGUGAGAAACCAUUUCCAUGCUCCGAGUGUGGGAAAUGUUUUACACAGAAAUCACAUCUUGUUAGACAUCAGAGAAGUCACACAGGUGAGAAACCAUUUUCAUGUUCUGAGUGCGGGAAAUGUUUUACAGAGAAAUCAGAUCUUGUUAGACAUCAGAGAUGUCACACAGAUGAGAAACCAUUUUCAUGCUCACAGCGUGGGAAAUGUUUUACACCAGGCAUGUCCAAACUGCGGCCCUCCAGCUGUCACACAGGUGAUAAGCCAUUUCUAUGUUUUACACAGAAAUCAGUUCUUGUUAGACAUCAGAGAAGUCACAUACAAGAGAAACCAUUUCCUUGUUCUGAGUGUGGGAAAUGUUUCACACAGAAAUCAGAUCUUGUUAUACAUCAGAGACGUCACACAGGUGAGAAACCAUUUCCAUGCUCCGCAUGUGGGAAAUGUUUCACAAAGAAAUCUGCUCUUGCUAUUCAUCAGAGAAGUCACACAGGUGAGAAACCAUUUUCAUGUCAUGUGUGUGGGAAAUGUUUCACACAGAAAUCAUAUCUUGUCAUACAUCAGAGCACUCACAUUACAUUAGAGACCAUUUAUUAA